AUGGCGCCUCCGAAUGAAACAGCCCACGUGGAAGACGGGCAGAAAGCUCCCGUGCACCACACUGAGUUCUCCGGCUACAACUCACAGGUCGAGCUCAUCGAGGCCGCCGUGGCUGCCAGUGAUGCAGAGUGUCUCCUGCCCAAGAAGGAGCUGUUCUCGCGAUACUGGCCUGCUGUGACGUUCAGUAUGCUUUUGAGUGUUGCUUUGGUCAUGGAGGGUAUGGAUGUUGGUCUUAUCAACAACUUCUUCGCCCAUCCUGCUUAUCUCGAGCGUUUCGGUUGGCCUGAUGCCAAUGGCAAGCAGCAUAUCUCUACAAAGUGGCAGGGUGCCAUUGGUGCUGGAAAUAACUGUGGUUCUAUCAUCGGUCUCUUGAUUAACGGUUACUUGCAAUCCCGAUUCGGUUCUCGACGUGUUUACAUGUUCGCCAUGUCUCUCAUGGCCUGCACCAUCUUCGUCCUUUUCUUCGCCGUCAACGUCGAAAUGCUCCUCGUCGGUAACCUUCUCUGCGGUAUCCCCUGGGGUAUCUUCCAGACCCUCACCACCGCCUACGCCGCCGAGAUCUGCCCCGCCGCCCUCCGUGGCUACCUCACCGCCUGGGUCUCCAUGUGCUGGGGAGCCGGAAGUUUCCUCGCUACUGGUGUCCUCCGUGGAUCUCUUGACCUCAAGGGCGACGCUGGAUGGCGAGUCCCCUACGGUCUUCAGUGGAUGUGGAUUCCUCCUCUGAUCACUGUCGCUUUCUUCGCUCCCGAGUCUCCUUGGUACCUCGUCCGUCGCGGUAAGCUCGAGGCUGCUGAGCAUGCUCUCCGCCGUCUUGCUCGCAAGGGUCACUACACUGAUGAGUCUAUGGCUCAGACUCUUGCUCUUAUGAAGCACACCAACGAGAUGGAGAAGGUUGAAGCUGAGGCGGCUAGCUUCAAGGACUGCUUCAGAGGAACCAACCUUCGCCGAACUGGUAUUGUCUGCAUGGCUUGGGUCAUCCAGAUUCUCAACGGUCAAUCUAUCACCAGUUUCGCCGCCAUCAUGCUCAAGUCUAUUGGUAUGAGCAACACUAUGGCUUUCAACUACAACAUGAUCAUUCAGUCGGUCAAUAUCAUCGCCACUGCUGUUGCCAUCUCCCUCAUGGGUAGAAUCGGACGUCGAACCUUUUACUUCUAUGGUUCUUCCGGUAUCGGUGCCUGCAUGUUGAUCAUUGGUAUUCUCGGCUUUGUCCCCAAGGUCGACAGUGUCGCCAUCGUCACAGCUGCCUUCCUUGUCGUCGUCCAGUGUAUCUUCAAGGUCUCUCUCGGCCCUACCACUUACGUCGUCGUCGCUGAGACUGCCUCCAACCGUGUUCGUGCUCAGACCAUCGUCAUCGGUCGUGCUGUCUACGUCUGCGGUCAGAUCAUUGUUCAGCAGCUCAACCCCCGUAUGCUCAACUCCAGCAGUGAUGCUUGGAACUGGGGAGCCAAGACUGGAAUGUUCUACUUCGGUCUCUGCUUCAUCUGGGCUGUUUGGAUCUUCUUCUUCCUGCCCGAGACCAUGAACCGUAGCUUUGCCGAUCUUGACUACCUCUUCCAGAAGAAGGUCAAAGCUCGCAAGUUCACAUCCACUCCUGUUGACUUGUUCGAGAUUGUCGGACCUGACAGGACUACCGAUAAGCUUCAGGGUAUUGAGGCUGUCACUCCCGUCAACACCAACACUGCUGGCCCCGAGAUUGAGGGAACUAAGAAGCCUUAA